ACAUGAUUUAAUAUUAGCAUAAAUGAGUUGAACUUUAUUUAGCUGAGCAAGCAUAGCUUAAGACAGACGAAACUGUACAAAAAUAAUAUUUGUCAGCCCGAAGCAAGAAUCUGUAAAUAAGUCGAAGAAAAUACUUUAUGUAAAUAAAUCUUAAUUUAAAGUGUAAUAUAUAAGCCCGUUUCCCGGAAUUGAAGUUGCAUUCGAAUUCCCGUGAUUCGUUCAUUACGUCUGAUUGGCAUAUAAUUUUAACGAUAUUUGAGAACAGUUGAAUUACGUCAAAAAGAUUGAUUUUGAGUACGCUUUCACGUAAAGGAACAAAUCGAUUAGUAAUAUGUUUGACAGGGAAUGGUCAAUUUUCGUUUUCCUUCUAUGUUUGAAAAUUAUCAUUGCAUCGGAAGAAGGCUCAGAGCAAUGUUCGGACAAACCAAAAGUUUGUGAAUCAUAUGCAAUGAUUGAUAAGGAUUUUUGCGAUGACAAAAAUUUGGAAAAAUUUGUCCGUGAAAAUUGUCAGAAGUACUGCAACAAAUGUACUAAAGAGAAUAUUCCAAAAGUUGAAUGCAAAAAGAAUGAAUUACGAAGAUAUAAAGAUUUGGGUUGCUGCAACGCAAUUUCUGGUGAACAACAAUGCGGGCGUGAUUCCUGGUCUCAGUCGCGAGGUGUACCAGUGAACAGACCUUGGCCGUGGCAGGUUAUAUUUUUGGUGGAUCCUAAUACGUUUUGCGCAGGUGCACUGUUAACUAAAAAUUGGAUCAUAACAGCUGGAGAAUGUUACAAAGGCUAUACUAAUGAAAGCGGGGUCACUGUAUUUGCUGGACCUCGCCAUUUCGAUAAUAUAAAUCCAGGUACCGCGCAAAUAAGACCAGGAAAAAGGCACAUACUAUCUGAUGGAACAUAUUCAAAGAGUAUUACAAAUAUGCUUGCCCUGACACAUAUAAACUCAGUUGAGAUUGAAAAACAUAGAGUGCCUGUUUUCCCAAUCUGUCUUCCAAAUGGAGAAAAACCAGAAACCGGAAUGAAGUGUUUUUUCACGGGAUGGGGAGUGGGUUCGGAAUCGUCAAUUUUGAAAGAGGUUGACCUGACGAUAAUGAAUCAACAAAACUGUAUUACUGCAUUUGGAGAUGAUUUUGCAUUCAAUCAAACAAAUAUGUUAUGUGGAUCUACAAAUCAGAACAUCUCCGAUGCCUGCAAAGUCAAUACAGGUGGACCCCUGGUUUGUCAGCGUUGUGACAUAUGUCAGUGGUAUUUGGCUGGAAUCCAUAUAUACAAAAGCGGAUGCUUUGAAAAUCAAUACUAUGCUGCUUUCGCUGAUAUUCAAUAUUUUGAAGAUUGGAUUUCCGAGUCAAUAUCUACUUCGCUGAACAAAACCGGUUCUUGUGUAAAACCUUUUUUAGGUAAAUUUAGCGAAUGGUCCGAAUGCUCAGUAUCAUGUGGGGGUGGAGUAAGGUUCAGAGAAAGGAAAUGUAUUAAUGGAAGGAUAGGACAGGAGGAGUGUCCAACAGAUCAAUCUGUUGAACUAGGGAAAUGCAAUGUAAAUCGUAGUUGUGCUUUUUUCACCGAUUGGUCACCCUGGGGAGAGUGUAGCCAAACAUGUGGGAAAGGAGAACAAAAAUCAGCAAGAACAUGUAAGCAUGGAGAAGUCGGUGACAAUGGAUGUAUUGGAGAAACAGAAAGAACGCAAGAAUGUGUUGAGGCGGAGUGCGCAGGUUGGGGUGAAUUCAACGAAUGGACUAAAUGCUCGCAAACAUGCGGACAUGGAUCGCGUAUUAGAGCUAGGAAAUGUAUAAAUGGAAAGAUUGGUCAGGACGGCUGUCCACCCCGACAAGCUGUUGAACUUGAAAGUUGCUUUGAACCAAAAUGUCCUACAUUUACUGAAUGGUCACUCUGGGGAAAAUGUAGCCGAACAUGCGGGGGAGGAGAGCAAAUAUCAACACGAACAUGUAAGCAUGGAAAAAUCGGCGAAAACGGAUGCAUAGGAGAAAGGCAAAAAACGCAGGAAUGUCUACAGGCGGAGUGUGGUGGUUGGACUGAGUUUAAUGAAUGGUCUGAAUGCUCUAAAACAUGUGGAGCUGGAAGACGUGUCAGAAAAAGGGAAUGUAUGAAUGGAAAACUUGGAGAUAGAGAUUGUCCACAUCCAUUAGCAUUUAAAUAUCAAGACUGCAAUAAUAAAAAGUGUCCAGUUUUCGCUGAAUGGUCACCUUGGGGAGAAUGUAGCCAAACGUGCGGCGCAGGAGUGUCAAAAGCAAUUAGAACUUGUAAUCAUGGAAAAAUUGGGGACGAAGGAUGUAUUGGAGAAACAGAGAGAACUAUGGAAUGUCUUGAGACAGAAUGCGCAAGUUGGGGUGAAUACAAUGAAUGGUCUGAAUGCUCCCUCACAUGUGGAAGGGGAAGGCGGGUAAGAAGCAGGGAAUGUACAAAUGGAGAAAUUGGAGAUGCAGGUUGUCCGCCUGAUCGAGAGAAUGAGUUGGGAGAAUGCAAUAAACAAAAUUGUCCUACUUUCACUGAAUGGUCUCCAUGGGGUGAAUGCAGUCAAUUAUGUGGGAAAGGCGAACAAAAAGCGAUACGAAUAUGUAAUCAUGGACAGAUGGGUGACGAUGGAUGCAUUGGACCGACAGAAAAAACUCGAGAUUGUUUAAUAAAAGAUUGCGAAUCCAAUAUGUGUCUCCAAGAAUGGAUGGAGGACAAGAAAUGUUUGUCUAUCGAUAGAAAUAGAUGUAGUGACAACGAGGUUUCUCAGACAUGUCCGAAUACAUGCUGUACGGUUCUAGAUUUCAUACCAUGCAUUGAUGAUCCUAAAUAUUUGGACUACUGCAACUAUUAUAGGAGUUUAUGUACUGAUUCAUCACAAUCGUCUAUUAUGUUAGCUUAUUGUAAGAAAACUUGUGGAUAUUGCAGCUUUGAAUCGGACAAGAAAUGAAAAAAUGAAGAUAUGCGACUCAAUAUUAAAAUUGUACUGAUUUAAAAAAACUAUACUAAAUUUCUGAUUUGAAAUUGCUUGUAAUUGAAUAAAAAUUAAACUCUUAGAUCAGACACUUUGUUCAUUCAUUUUCUGUGAAUAUGUGCAAAUAAUAAAAUAAAAUAGUAUGAAAAUAAGUAAGUUCCGAAAC